AUAGACAAAUAUUUCAUGUAGUGUAAAUCUCUUUUCUUGUUUUUGUGUUUUUUUCGUUGUAUUUUUCAUGGCGUCUAAACAGGAAGAAUGGAUUACAGUAGCUAAUGAGCGUGCUUUACAGAAAAAAACGCAUGUUAGUUUUCCCCAGCUUAAAUAUCCCUCUUUAAGAGACGGGGGUUUCAAGGAUCCACUACAAUGGCUCACUGGAAAAGCCUUAGACGACGGCGCAGAAGGAUUAUGGCGAAUACACGACAAACUUUACGACUUUACAAGUUUCAUGAAGAAUCAUCCCGGAGGUGAAGAGUGGCUUGAACUUACUAAGGGAACGGAUAUAACUGAAGCUUUUGAAUCGCAUCAUUUGAAUCCGUCAACGGAGAGACUCCUUUGUAAAUUCUAUAUACGAGACGCCCAAAUGCCGAGAAAUUCUCCAUUCACGUUCAAAGAAGAUGGUUUUUACAAAACGUUGAAACAGGCCGUUUAUAAAGAAUUAAAAAACGUGCCAAUUGAGUCUUACAAGACUGCGGAUAGGAUAACGGAUGGAUUGCUCGUGAUUCUCUUGUGCAGUUCGAGUGUAGCAAGUUCUGCUACAAACUAUUGGUUGGCGUUGUUUUGGAGGUUCGUCGCUGCAAUAAGUUUAACGUUGUUAACUGUUACAUGUCAUAACUACAUCCAUAGACGGACAAAUUGGAGGAUGUACUUGUUCAACCUGAGCAUGUGGUCUUACCGCGAUUUUCGCGUAUCCCACGUUCUUUCACACCAUCUAUACACAAACACGCUAAUGGAUGCAGAGCUAAGCAUCCUUGAGCCAGUCUUAAUCUACAACCCAAGGGCGGAUAAACCACUGCACGCCAAGAUUGGAUUUAUUACGCAAUAUAUUUUUUUCCCAUUCUUAUUUUUGAUCAGCUUUAUGAAAAGAUUUUUGAGCGCGUUCCUUCGUCGAGGAUUCUUCAGAACGCAUUAUCGUUGGCAUGACGCCAUAGGCUUUACCCUGCCUUUUAUCAUGUUGCUUACAAGUGGUGCUUCCUGCUUCCAUGUGUUGUAUACAUGGAUUUGGAUCAAUUGUACCGGCAGCCUUUUGUUUUUCAUCAUUGCUGUUAACGCUGCACAUCAUCAUCCUGACGCUAUUAAGGACGGUGACCAGCCUAGCAACGAAACACCGGAUUGGGGCGAGCAUCAAGUCGAAGCCCUUCUAGACCGCAAGGAUAUAAACAGUAACACAUUCGCUGUAAUUACUCUUUUCGGUGACCAUGCCCUACAUCACAUGUUCCCAACACUCGAUCACGGUGAUUUAAAAUAUUUACAUCCAAUAUUUUUGGACCUCUGUGAAAAAUAUCAAGCCAAUUACAGAGCCUCCACGCAAUUCCAGUUAGUCGUUGGACAGAUUAAAGAAAAUUUUCGCACGAAAUUUAAAACACGUGACGAAAGAAAAGGCAAAUAA